AUGUGGUUCUGUACUGCAUAUACCAUCAACCAGACAAUCUUCAACAUAUUGCCCGUUCUUCUCGUUGCACUUGGAUUGAGUAGCCCAACGGAAUGGCCACCGGUAAUGGGGUCGCCCUUUAGUGCGUGGUCAUUAAGACAGUUUUGGGGAGUUACAUGGCACCAGAACUUGCGGCGAUUUCUCACCGCACAUGCAGAGUUCUUGACGGAGAAUGUGCUACACCUGCCAAAGAGUUCUUUUCUCGCACGCUACACCCGUGUUUUAUCAGUGUUUCUCUUGUCGGGGCUCGUUCAUCUUGCGAGCGACUUCGCGGGAGCUGUGUCCAAGUCUGAGGCAGGUGCCUUCAACUACUUUCUCCUUCAAGCGGCAGGUAUUCUGCUAGAAGACAUUGUACGCAAAUCUUACCGUUAUUUCAGAGGCCCCGGCAAAGACGUGAAGUUCAAACGAUGUGUUGGUUUUGUUUGGCUUUUCUUCUUCCAGGCAUGGACCAUUCCAUCCUGGGCGUAUCCACUCAUCAGAGCUUCACGGCCGGGGAGGGAUAAAAUGCUCCCGUGGUCUCCACUUGUAAGAUCGUUGUGA